CUUGCAGUAAGAAGGCAUUCGCGAAGACUGAAGAAGAAAAGAAGAUCGAAAAGCUAUCUUGACUAUUUGCACUAGGGAACAAGAACAAGAGUUUCCACAAGCAAGCUUGUAGGCAUCAUGGACUCUUCAGGUCCCUCGCCUGAAGAAAAAUCGCGGGCAUUCGCGCCAAACAUGACUCCCGUGGCACCCGGGAAACCCUCCGAUGUGAACGAGACUGAGUCCGAGAAGCAGCAGCAUCAACCUUACGAAAAAUCGCUGGGAUUCGCACCGAACGUGACUACCCUGGCGCCCGAGAAACCGUCUGAUGUGAAUAAGACCGAGUCCAAGCAACACCCGCAGCAGCAAAGUCCCUCCGCGGUGGAAGUCCAGGCAAAAUCUGCAAGUCCCGCGGUAUCGGAAAGCCCGAGAAAUAAGUUGUCCGCCUUUUUCUCAAAAAAACCAUCGGCGAGCCCGAAGGGUGUUCGUAUACUUGAAGAGGAACGCAUGGGCUCGCCCAGCCGCCAAAGCACCAGGAGCAGGCGACAGACAGUCGUUGACCUCUUGGCCUACCUCAUGCCGCGCCACUCAAGUGGUGGCUCGAUGCAAAGGUUCCUAGGCAUCGUGAAGGGAAGAACGGGUGAGGCAGGACCAUCCGGGACUGCGCGCCCCGGUUCGCCUUCGGUUUCGCCCGGGAGAAGUGGAGCUGCGGGUCGGUACAAGACACCACCCGGGCCUCUCUCACCGGACACCGUGAAGGUAUCUGUUCGUGAGGACAAAUAUGUGAAGAACAAGGAGUUGGGGGCGAUGCGACAGAAGAUGAAGUCACCCAAGCGGUUCGACCAAGAAGGCCUGCAAGACCUGCUGAACAGCCUGCCGACGAUGGCCAGCAGCUCGUCCACGAUCUGGCACUCGUUCCCGCCGUCGCCGAAGGAGAAGCCAACGGCACCGGGCGGUCGACUGCAGACGGCGCUAGUGUUGGGCGUCUUUUGCCUACUGGCCGUCGCCGUCGGCGUCUUCCUCUUCUACGGCGUCACCCCGACAGAGCCCGUUUGUCGGUCGGACGUCUGCCUCGCCUACUCCAAGCUUCUCCAGCAGAUGCUGAACGUUUCGGUGAAACCCUGUGACGACUUCUACAGCUACGUAUGCUCCAAAUGGGACGCCAGGCAUUCCUACUCGUUCAAGGAAAGUGUAUAUCUGCGGUUCAUCCAGCGCGUGUCCGAGAGGAACCGCCGCACUGCCGUUCCAGCGCACGGACAGAGCGCGUCGCAGAAGGCCGCCAAGUUCUACCAGUCGUGCUCGGCCACCUACACGCAGGGCGGUGACAGCGAGCUGGACGCAGUCAAGCAGCUGCUGCUUCGGGUCGGCGUCCUCUGGCCCCGCCUCAGCAAUGACUCGAACGUGCUCCGCAUCUGCUUCGCCAUGUCGGCCACGCUCGACUGGGCACCCGUGAUCCUCUUCUCGGUCCAUCGCCCCGCGGUGCCGAUGACGGUGUCGCCAUCGGUGUUCUUUCGCGAAGUCCUGGACAGGCGUCAAGCCAUGCUCGGCGGAGGUGGUAGCGACUACAAGACGUACUUCGGGCACAUGUUGCGCGUCUUUGACCAACCCGAAGAACCGCGCGGCGACGUACUCACGUACGACGAGCUGAUCGCGAUGGAGUCCCACCUGGUGCCGGCGCUUGAACGAGCGUACGCCGUGGUCGAGGGCGACUUCUUGGAAAACGCGACCCUCGACGAGGUCAUCCAGUUGGCCGGCAACACGAUCCCCAAGUCUGCAUGGGAGGUGCAAUUUCGCGAGAACUUCGAAGCGGCCGUGUACAACGGCACCGCGUCACAGAGGGUCACCGUGGACAACGUAGGCUUCUUUACCACCUUCUUCGAUCUGUUGCGCUCGCUGGGCGAGUCGCACAUGGCCUACUACCUGGGCUGGACCGCCGUCCAGGGGCUGUCGCUGCUGACUAAGCCCGAGGUAAUCCGCUACUACUACUCAUCGUACGGAGAGGCGGCGCGGGACCACGUGCUCCUCUGCGUGGGACUCACGCAUCAUUACACGGGGCUCACCUUCUACGCCAGCUACAUCCGAGACGAAGUUACGCCCGAGGUGAUCGACGACGUCGCUCUCCUUGUGAGGAACGUGCACGCGUCCUUUCGCAAAGGGUACGCGGCAUCGCCGGCGUGGAAGGACUUCGUCGACCGUAGCACGCAGCCGCCCGCCGCGAACGCGUCUUCGUCGCCGAGCGGCCCACCGCUGAGUUUCGCUCACGAUUCUCGCGAAGACGCCCUGAACGAGCUCUUCGAACACUAUCCGGACAUGAACUCCACCGUACUCGACAAUAUCGAGGGCGCCGUGGCCGCGCGGCGCGCGACGACGCGGGACACGCGCACGGCUCGGUUUUUCUGGAACGGCACGGUUCGCUUCCACUAUUUUGUGGCCAAGCCGGCGACGGCGGUGUCGCAACGCUUCGAGCUCAUGCCCGUCGCGCUGGAGCCGUUGUUCUACAGCCUGGACGCACCGCCGGCCGUGAAGUACGGCGCCCUGGGCGCCGACAUCGCCGAUGCCAUCGCGGGCCUCGUGUUUGACGACCUUCGCGAGGCGGACAACAGCACGCGCACCGCGGUCGAGUCGCAGCCCCUGUGCUUGCUGGACGCGUCGGUGGCCGGCACGAGGAGCGCCGUGCCUCCGCCCGGGUGGCCGCACAUGACGAGGCUUCAGCUGGCCGAGAGGGCCAUGUCCCUGGACGCGGCUUUCAGGGCCUUUCUCGACGUCACUGACGGGGGCCACCAGACGAGGCUGGACCGCCACCACCCGUUGUCGGGCAAGAUGAUGCUGUUCGUCUUCUGGUGCAUGGUCCAGUGCGGCGCCUCCGACGGGAAGCACAAGUGCAACGAUCCGCUCAGGCUCAUCCGCUACUUUGGGGAGGCGUUUCAGUGUGACGUGGGAACGGCCAUGGCAACUGUGAAAGAUUGCGUAUGACGGGUGUGCGUUGUGGCGACGACCGCCUAGACUAUGGUCGAACGUGUUGCAAUCGAAGACAGGAUUCAAACGUUGUACAUACUACCGGCUUUACCUUGGGCCUGAACUCUUAUGAUAGUUUCAUGGCUAUUCGGCUCUCGGUAAUUUUCGCAUCAACUGACUCGGAUCGCCGUGGAAGUUUCCGCUGGUGAAAUUAGUCCAGUGUCCCUUGUUGCGGCCGUAAAUGGCACAUGAAGCUUGAAUUUUGUUUUACUUGCGCUGCCGAUAUUGAAGUCUAUUUUCUUUCAUAUACAGGUGAAUUAAGUUUACUUUAUUUUGUCCACGAAUUAGCUCUACUGGACAGUCACCGUUUUCUUCUGAUAUACGUGAAUUCAAAUGAAUUAUUUUGUUUCAAGUGACUUAUUUUGUUCACGAAUUACCUCGACUGGAGAGUUACCGAAACCGUUUUCAAUAUCUUGAUCUUUAUAUUUAUUUUUAUCUUAUAGGGGCAAGUGCGAGCACGUCAUCAAAACCUUUAUCGAGCGGCAGCGCGGAUGUGCAAAGCGCUAUGUGUUCCCACUCCGACUCCUCCGAGAUAAAUCUGAUCAUCCUUAAUUUAAUUUUGCGGUAUUACAUUGGGACCACCUAGCAAUCGUGAUACCAUAUUGUAGCGAACAACUAAAUUCCUGUCUAAAUAUCUUCAGUGAGCGCGAAUGUGACGAGGCCUAUUUAUUUUUAUUUUCAACUGUUAUGCAACGAUUUCUGUGUUACCUGAGAGAAAGCAUGAAAGAAAUUUAUUUUUAAUCGACCCCGAAGCAAAUAACAAAUUGGUGACACGAACUAUACCCAAGACAGCCUUAUAUGCAUGGAUUGAGCAUACCAGGCAACUAGAGCUUGCGCACACCCGCAUCAUCAUCAUCAUCAUCAUUAUCAUCAUCA